GAGGCGGUGACUUCUUUCAAAACUGACUCGCGAGUGUAUACACGGGAGUGGGGCCAAGCUAUUGUGUUGUGUUGCGGAAUGUCAGAUCGAAGCUUUACAGACGACCGCAUGCAUAGGUUGGAUUGUGGGAAAAAUGUAAAAUUGUGAUUCACACGACAGCGAAAGACGCGAGUCGGCGACUUAUCAAGCACACGACCUCAUCAAAUUCCAUCAGAUACGAUCGCACAUUCAAUCACAGUGCACGCACGUUCCGUUGCUCUCGCGAAAAGAACUCCGUCACUAACUUGUGGAUUUCUACAUACCCGUACACUGCACUAUCUAACCCACUUGUGGACUUAGGAAUAUUUUCUCUCAGGAUUGGCAGCAAGUGAUUUUUGUUUUACAUUCUCAGUAUUUUGAAUGCCUCUUCGUGAAGUUUAUUUCUCCAAAAUGCCUGUGGAUACUAAACCAAAAAUACACGAGGGAUCGGGACGAAAGUCGUCCAAGCCUCAGAUGGAAAAGAGAAGACGAGCGAGGAUUAACGAUAGUUUAGGACAGCUCAAGGCUCUUAUCUUAGAAGCAACUAACAAAGAUAGCUCAAGACAUUCCAAGUUGGAGAAAGCAGAUAUCUUGGAGAUGACUGUCAAACAUCUCAGGAACAUCCAAAGGAACCAACUUACAGGUCCUCUUUCUUCCGACCCUAACAUGGUUAGUCGAUUCCGCCAGGGCUACAGUGAAUGCGUCCACGAGGUUGCCCGAUUCUUCACAAACAUUGAGAACAUUGGUGGUCCCGACAUGCGACUAUCCCUCAUCAAUCACCUAGCUAAUACCUGUAACCCUCCAACCCCGUCGCCAUCGUCCGCUUCAUCGCAACCGUCACCACCGACGUCGCCUGUUUCCGUGUCACCCAUUGCGCCACUGCAUGCGGGACAACCAACGGUCAUCUUCCCAAGCCCAGCCGCGACUCCUUCCCCAACAAUGUCUACCGCUGUCAACACAUCGCAGGUCACGCAGCCGAUACGCGUUCAGAUCUCGCAGGCGACCUCAACGGCGUUAAGUUCAUCAAACGGCAUCGUGACAUCACCAGUUCAACAACAACAGUGUGUCCAGUCGAGAGUAGAGACUGUUAGUCCAUGCAACACGAACAAUGUCCCUGCAGGUCACACUCAGGUGCUAUCGGGAAUCCCACUUGGUUUUCCUGGAUCUCUUCCCUCGGGCGGCGAGAUCACCCUUGUCCUGCCUCCACAGGCACUCGCCGCCGGUGGGCAGCUACCAAGUCAUUUCAUUCCAGUCUACGCUCAGAGUGCUCCAAUCCUCGCAUCGCCAACCAUGUCGCCAGCAUCGCUAGGACCGGUCUCGGCAGAAUCACCAAAGGCAUAUGCUCAAGUUCACAUCCCUCCCCCACAAACUCAGGUGAACGCACCCCAGCAAGUCACCGCCGUCCAAACACCAACACUGGUAGCUUUACCUGCACCCGCUCCAGCUCCCAUUGUGCGACCGACCAAAGUCGCUUUCCAAACUCUACCCCAACCCCUCACACCACCUAAGACCGUCCUUCACCAAGUACACGUGCAGCAAUCAGGGGAACCAGUCUGGCGACCAUGGAGCCACCGUCGCGAAUAGAGACACAAAAACAGUUUGAAAAAGAAAGACACUUUUCUUUACUAAAAGUAUUCAUCAAAGUCGCAAAGAGCUUCCAGACUUAUUCUUCCAGAUGUUACAAUGUAUUCAGUUCUUCCAAUAACGUUUACACGUGUAUUACUGUAUUCAUAUGCUUUUGUCAAACUAAUAUAUUCCUGAUGUUAUAGUACUAUUUUUUUUAAUCAUGUGUUGGUACUUGUUUACCAACAAAAGAUGCAGAACAGCAUCAACCAAACAGGGAUCUUUAAAUUGUGGACAUGAGUCCCUGGAACAAAUCACAAAGUAUUUUUGUCAUUUCAUUUGCCAGAUAAUCACUACCGAAAUCUGUAUUCAUAUUCCAACCAAAAAUAAAAAUUACUUUGAAAAACAUUUUAUACUGAAGAAAAUGGAUACUAGUACAUUCCAGCCUCCCGUGAUUUUAAAGCCGCUUUAUUUUUAAUAGACAAAACCAGCUUAUGUGCCUUUUGCUGUGACUCAAAAUGUGAUAAAUAAUGUGCUUUGCUAUCAUAACAAAAACGCAUCGCCUGAUUUUUUUUUCCCAGUAAAUACAUAUAUAUAUUUAUCGAUACAUUACAAGACUGAUGUGUUUGCAGUGAAAAACAUAUUUCCGCAAGUUUUAAUUUUGUUGCUCAACUGAAGCUUUUCAAAGUGCCUGUCAAAAAUGUUAUGCAAGAAUAAGUGUCGUUUUUUUUUUUCUCCAAGUACAGCUAUGGACCAAAUCCUUCGUAUUUUUCUAGUUAUAUUGAUUAUGUUUCCAACUUUGUUGUUCUUGUUAAACUUGCUGUUUCAGAAGUUGUUUUUGUGAGUACUAUAUUUGUCGUUUUUCCUUUUCUACGUUUCGUUCUGGUCGAGGCGAUACUUGUUGUGUAUAUUAUAGAAAUAUAAGAUAUUUUUCAUAAAAUGAAUUAAAACACAGAAAACAUAAACAAA